AUGCGGGUGCGCUCCGCUCGCACCGGACUUCACGAAUUCGGAGCGGGCUUCCCCGCAUUCAGCAAUCGUUUGCCUCCGCUCGGCCACCGUCCGUCAGCCCUCAGCAUAUUUUGUCCGCCGGCCGCCGCCGUUUCGGAUUACUCACCGACCGGAGUUCGGAGGUACAGAGAGGUAUCUGUUUCGCCGAAGCUGGCUGGUGUGGCCGGCACCAUGGAGUCGCCUUUUAGUCCGGGAUUUCCUCACCGACCAGAGGAAGACUGGGAGUCUACGUUGUUUGCUGAGCUGGGCUACUUCACAGAUACUGAUGAGGUGCAGUUCGAUGCAGCAAAUGAAACUUACGAAAAUCAUUUUGAUCAUCUUAACUUUGAUUUGGAUUUAAUGCCUUGGGAAUCCGACAUUUGGAGCUCCAGUAGCCACUUCUGCUCAGUUAAAGAUAUUAAGGUAGAACCCCAGCCUCUUUCUCCGGCUUCCUCAAGUUGUUCAGUCUCAUCUCCCCAGUCCGUGGACUCCUGCUCGUCAACUCAGCAUGUUCCCGAGGAGUUUGAUUUGUCUUCCAGCUCCCAGUCUCCCCUUUCCUUAUAUGGUGAAAGCUGUAACAGCCCCUCCUCUGUAGAGCCACUCAAAGAAGACAAGCCUGUCAUUGGUCCUGGAAACAAAGCUGGUCAGACUGUUCUGCUCUCUCAGCCUACUAUGGUGCAACUUCAGGCCCCUGGAGUGCUGCCUUCUGCUCAGCCAGUUCUUGCUGUUGCUGGAGGAGCCACACAGCUACCUAACCAUGUGGUGAACAUGGUGCCAGCCCCUGUGGUGAACAGUCCAGUGAGUGGAAAACUUUCCAUGCCUAAACCUGUCCUACAAAGCACCACAAGAAGUCUGGGUUCAGAUAUUGCUGUGCUAAGGAGACAGCAGCGGAUGAUAAAAAACCGUGAGUCUGCUUGUCAGUCACGCAAGAAGAAGAAGGAGUAUAUGCUAGGACUGGAGGCCAGGUUGAAGGCUGCCCUUUCAGAGAACGAGCAGCUGAAGAAGGAGAACGGGUCCCUGAAGCGACAGCUGGACGAGGUGGUGUCAGAGAACCAGAGGCUUAAAGUCCCGAGUCCAAAGCGAAGAGCUGUCUGUGUGAUGAUUGUAUUGGCAUUUAUAGUGCUGAACUAUGGCCCCAUGAGCAUGCUGGAGCAGGAUUCCAGGAGAGUGAAGCCCAGUAUGAACCCUGCAAGCCAAAGGAGGCAUCUUUUAGAAUUUUCCGCUAAAGAAGUUCAAGACCCAUCAGAUGUUAUCAACCAGAAAAACAGCUACAGAUAUGAUCAUUCUGUUUCAAAUGACAAAGCCUUAAUGGUGCUAACUGAAGAACCACUGCUUUAUAUUCCUCCACCUCCAUGUCAGCCUCUGAUUAAUACAACAGAAUCUCUCAGGUUGAACCAUGAGCUUCGAGGCUGGGUUCAUAGACACGAAGUGGAAAGGACCAAAUCAAGACGAAUGACAAAUCACCAACAGAAAACCCGUAUUCUUCAGGGUGCUCUGGAGCAGGGCUCAAAUUCUCAACUGAUGGCUGUCCAGUACACAGAAACCACUAGCAUCAGUAGGAAUUCCGGGAAUGAGCUGCAAGUGUAUUAUGCUUCACCAGGAAGUUACCAAGGCUUCUUCGAAGCCAUCCGCAGGCGCGGGGACACAUUUUACGUUGUGUCAUUUCGAAGGGAUCACCUGCUUUUACCAGCUACCACCCAUAACAAGACCACAAGACCAAAAAUGUCAAUUGUUUUACCAGCAAUAAACAUAAAUGAUAACGUGAUCAAUGGGCAGGACUAUGAAGUGAUGAUGCAGAUUGACUGUCAGGUGAUGGACACCAGGAUCCUCCACAUCAAAAGCUCCUCUGUUCCUCCUUACCUCCGAGAUCAUCAGAGGAACCAAACCAACACCUUCUUUGGUCCCCCUCCCACAGCCACAGAGACGACCCAUGUGGUCAGCACCAUUCCUGAGUCGUUACAAUAGUACCCCAGCCGCACUGGGAAAAAGCAGAGGAGUGAAGAGCCGGUGAGGAGUGCUGCUCUCUGCCCCAUGGCGAGGGGAGAACUGCCUUGUGCUGCGACUCAGGGAAAGGAAACAAGAACAAGAAGCUGCUCUGAUUUUCACCGUCUGCCCACUGUGUGGACCAUGCUAGCAAGAGAGCAGUCCUCUCUGCGGUGCAGCCGUGUCGCCGUGUCGCCUGGUGUUGGUUAUUCUGUUGAGUUUUCCGCACUGCUUUUCCUACUGGAUAUGUUUGUUCUUAGUCUUCCUUCAGAUGCCACCCACCUCCUCUUUUGUCCACUGCACUUCCUUGCACAGUAAAGCGAUUUUCAUUUAAAGCUUUAGAACACAUGCUCAUGUGGUUUCCACCAAUUGGCUUUCUCUCUCCUUCAAAUCAAAUUCAUUCUGAAUAUUACACUUGAGAAAACACAUUUCAAAAAGCUAAACAGCCAAAAACAUCCCACAAAGAGUCAAAACAGUUUGGAAUUUUGGGUAAAAGGAUUGUCCCCGGUUGGUAAAGUUUAUUUUUACUUGUGAUUUGUGGUUCAGCCCUGAACAAAUAACUGUCGUGGGGUCAGAGAGUGAGCCGCACACUGGAAGAAGGCGAGAGAAGGCCAGUUGUGGAGUACAGGAAAGGCGGUGAGGCCGUGUACACUUGUGUUUAAACACUGGGAGCUGAGAUGGGCAGUGUAAGUUUAGAGCCACAGCUCCCUUUUUCUCUUGCAGUGCUACCAUCUGCACAGAUCCUAAGGACCUCAGGGCAAAUGUUUCCCUUUCAUUGUGAAUCCUCAGCCUAGGACACACUCCUGUGAAACCAAACUCAGCAAAGGACCUUGGAGAUUUAAGCAAGACUAGAGAGUUUUCCCUUAAAAACUGACUAUGCACACAGCAAGCAUGGAUUCCCACUGAGAGGCUGUGCCAUAUUGUGGCAAAAUUUGCAAAGAAGGAAGGAAAGAAGAAAAAAAGCUAUAGCUGGGCAUAUGCCUUUAAUGUUAGCACCACUUAGGAGGCAGGGCAGCCUCUAAGUUUAAGGUUGGCCUGGUCUACAUAUUGAGUUCCAGGACAGCCAAAGCUAAAUAGAGAGACUAUCUCAAAACAAUAAAAUAAAAUGAAAAUCAAAA